AUGGCUGAUCUUUUGGAAUUCAAUCCACUCAGACUACACUAUGCCUACUUUAUUUUAACAUCUUUCAUCGGAAGUAUCAUAUUCUAUACCGCCCCAUCGCCUAUUCAUGGUCUCCAAUAUCCCGAUGCUUUGUUUAUGUGUUUCAGUGCCAUGACAGGAACUGGGCUGGGCGUGCAGGGCACCCUGUUUGUCCUUCUUAUUCUUGGACACGCAUUUCCUAUAUUUGCAACCAUCUCUCUAUUCCGUGCCUGGAUGCUCCGAUCUGCUCUGAAAGAUAACCCAGACAAGGAAAAGAAGAGACAAAAGGAAAAGAAACAAAUGGCUUGUGUUGAAGAGGGUACCUUGUCUACCGAUGUUAUAGGCAAGGCAAAAAUCGCCAAUAUAGUGACAGAAGUUCAAUCGGAUAUCUCGUCCCCUUGUGAACCUGAAGGAUGGAACAAGUAUGGCAUUGUCGUUGUCACAGAUCGGGUACAUCCCAACCAAGCCCAAGACCCAAUCGACUGCAAUGAACCAGCCGAGGCAGAGUACAGGGUAAUUGAGUACAAGGCAAUUCUCUUGACGGCAGUACUUACCAUGAUCUAUUUCAUCGGGUUCCUCAUCAUCGGUAUCAUGAGCAUCGGCCUUUGGUCCAAGUUCAUUCGCCCAGACAUUCCACGGGAGGAUGAAACCUCCCCUUUUUGGGCAGGUGCUUUUCUUGCUACAUCUGCGCUUUGCAACAACGGCAUGUCCCUCAUUGAUACUAACAUGAGCCCUUAUCAAAAGGAGCCCUUUCCACUUCUUGCCUGUGGCGUUCUCAUCCUUGCUGGAAACACGCUUUUCCCUUGCUUAUUACGACUCUAUAUCUGGAUUUUGAGAAAGAUGCUGCUAAAUAAUCCUACUUGGCAGUCGUGGCGACAAAUAUUCGAUUUCGCCCUCGAUCAAUCCCAAAAGAUCUCAGGUUACUUGUACCCUGCUUGGCAUACAUGGUUUCUAUUGAGUACAGUCCUAUUCUUUAAUGCUAUCAUGUGGGGUGGGUUUGAGGUUGCUGCCAUCCGUGACGAGGAGAUUGCUUCUCUUUCACCCAACUUCCGCGUCCUAGAUGGGCUUUUCCAGGCUUUAGGUAUCUCAUUCCGGUCUUUCAUUGAUAAAUAG